AUGUUUCGACUUCCAAACGAAUAUCAAGCGCCUACAGCUAUAGCCGUGCCUCGAUAAUUUUCGUUUUACAAGUGAAAAUAACAAUUUAUCUUCUAAAACAAUCAAAUACUUAUAAAAACCUAGAAGAAACUCUAUAAUACUCCUCGAAAAUGUCUCAUACAAUUUUGUUGGUGCAACCGGGUCCGAGGCCAGAAACUAGGACUUAUUCUGACUAUGAGAGCGUCAACGAUUGUAUGGAGGGUGUAUGUAAAAUAUAUGAAGAGCAUUUAAAAAGACGGAACCCGAAUACGCCGACAAUAACUUACGAUAUCUCGCAAUUAUUCGAUUUUAUCGAUCAGCUGGCCGAUUUAAGUUGCCUAGUCUACCAGAAAUCAACAAACACAUACGCUCCAUACAACAAAGACUGGAUUAAAGAGAAAAUAUACGUAUUACUACGUCAGGCAGCAGGGCAAACCGAUUAGGGUAAUAUAUUUAGUACGCAGAGUAACGAACGUAUGGAGUGUUGCAGACGAGGUUAUAGAACUGUAUAUGGGUAGUGGUUAACAUCUUGAGUAAAAUACUUACGGUAUACCGUAAUAUCUCUUUAAACGGUAGUACAAAUGUUUGUAAACUUAAUUAUUCUGUAAUUAACCUUAUAACUUUGAUGUUAAGGGUUAAAGUAGCAUCAUUGUAGAUUGGUUGAUUUGAUUAUUUGUCAAUGAGGACAAGUAAAUCUCGUAUACUUGACAACUUUUGCUUUGUUAUACAGAGGUAAUAAGUUACAAACCCAAAGUGAAGCUAUCAGCAAAUUAUAUACUGGCAUUUCUCGCAGGUUAUAAGGCUCAUAAGGAAUAAUUUCCAGACAGGGGCCAUAGAAUCUGGAGCCCUAGUUUUUAAAAAGUUUCUAAUGUGAUUUAUUUCAAUACAAAUUCUAUAAAAAGUAUAUACCAAGAUGUCUGCUCAAUGGUGUGUUUUAACCUAAGAUAUUUUCAGUGUAAUAUAUUUUUUUUCUGCAGUGCAUUUGCUUAAAUAACUCAUAUUGUUGUUGGAAUACACUCAUGUUUGUGUCUUGAUGUUUUUGCUACACCUUGUGUGAUAAAUCUGUAUAAUUUAGACUAACUUUACUCAUAUAUCACUAUAAAGUGCUGUGUUAUACAGUCAUGGUUCGAGUUAUGUAGCUUGAAAAAGCUUCUUGCAAAAAUAAGCAUCAAUUUUGUAAAAUGGCCGUCUAAAUGUUAUUUUAAUAUUAAUGUUUUGGAAAUGCUGUUUUUGCUGUUGUGUUGUAAACAAUGCUUGGGUUUGAAUAUUGUUGGCAAUAUACAAUUGUGAUUGGUCAGUAAAGUUAUCUUAAUAAUAUAAUCUCAAUGGUUUUGCUAUGAACAUCCUUGAAUUUAAUUAAUAUUUGGCACUAAGCAUAGCAAUAUACUGUAACAUUCUCAAAUAAAAGAUUAAAAUCUAAAUAAACACACAUUCUGUUCAAUAGUCCUUGGUUGCUAUGGCAACGAAAUGUGUCAAUACAUUUUCACAUUGCACCAUGACCCUAAUUGUCAUUAUAGCAAUACAUUCUUACAUUGUCAAUAAUACUUUUAAAUUUUAAAAAUACAUUUUUACAUAAGUAGAGUUGACUCUCUAUCAGUGUGUGGAUUCAACAGCAUAAAUUGAUACAAUGUUUGCUGACUUUGGCGUGGCUUUCGACGAAAAAAAGUGUUUAGUCUAUAAGACAGAUUUUCAAAAACUAUUGGAAUCAUUUUUUUUCCUUUUGUUUUGUUGAAUGAAGGUACAUUAAAACAAAAUCUCGCGUGACGUCACUUACCAGUACGCUAUUUACUGGCAUGUGAUGUCAUUAGCCCCACUACCAUAAAUUACAUUUUCUCAAGUGCGUUUUACCUUCCGACAUUUUUAAUGAUUCAAUAAUAUGAAAAAUACGUAUUCAAUAUGUUUGGGAAAUCUGUCAAUCAAACUAAUUUAGUCAAAUACCAAAUUAUCUCUUAAUUGAAGAUAUUAUUGCAAGAUAUAAUCAUAGUCAAACUUUCCUUAUAUUUAAAGUAUAAAGCAUAGAUAUACAGAAAGGAGCUCUUAAACUAAAACAACUAAAAUCAAUAAUCCUGACUAUAUUAUUGUGUGAUAAAUUUGUAUCUAUUUGUAAUGCUUCAGAAUGAUGAUAAAACAGAACUGAAAGGCAUAGUACGUUGGAUUGUUAUAAGCCUUUACCGUGCCUUUUACCAUCAAAUAAGUCGUUUUGUAACUUUGUAAUACACAUACAAAUAGAUUAUAACUAUGUUCUCGUGCUAGUCGCAUCCUUAGAGUAUACGAUUUACUCCGACGUGUAAAUGCUAAGCCCGAACGACGUUUUCAACCGUCUCCAAAAAUUAUGAGGUUCUCAUUUCGCGUGUAAUUUGUUUUCUAGUCCUAAGUUUUGAGGUCAGAACAAACCUCGGAAGUUUGGGCUGGAUGAAUAGAUUCUACUGAUUGUUAAAUAGCUGUCAUUUUUUUCCCAUAAUGCAUUAAGAUCAGUAGUUCAUCAUUAUCAUUAUCAUUUGUACUAAAAGAAAUAGUGUAUACCUCCCAGAUUUCAUACAACUUCUUACUCAAAAUAUGUGCGAGGCAAGAUGGGGGAGAGAGACAAAAGACGGUCUACCUCUAACUAGAUAACGAUUUAAUAUAAACCUUAACUACGUUGACAUACGGUGGAGAAUAACUUCGCACUUCAAGGAACUGCGCUCAGCCGCGAUUCCAGCGUUGUGAAAUAUUGACCGUAUGUCAAGGCAGUUAAGGUUUAUAUUAAAUUACCGUGUGGUUUACGCUGAACUUAGGUUUUCUUGUCUCAUCUCUUAUAUAUCUGAAGGAAGGGACUAGCACGCGAACACUAUAGCCUAUAGGUCAUUAACACUCCAUUUGUUCCAUACUCUGUUACCAAGAACUGGUAAUUAAUCGUUUUUUGGUAAGUUAAAUUUGUUAAGGUGAUACUUGAAAGUCAUUUUUUAUGUUAUAACCAGUGCUGGUGUCUGCCAAGUGUUGAAAGUACAAGGAAAAGAUGAACUGGACUACAUGGCGUAGAGUGCCAACUCGUUAUCACGAAUAAGGUAGUAAAAGACCGUCACAGCUUUCCAAAUUUGAUUGGCUUUCGUCCUGACAGUCAGCACUGCUUAUAAUUAAAAAUUAAAAAUAUAAAAGAUAUUAGUAAUAAGUCUGUUUAAAUGUCAUAUACCGAAUAUGACCUUUGAUUAAUUGUUUAAAGGGUAGAUCUCUUUCAGUCAAGUCCCAGUUGUCGUAGACUCAAAGUAUCACCAUUACGUAUAAAUAUGACAAAAAAUCUCUUCUUUAAUUUUUGUUGGACUAAUAUUAAGGUAACAAUAUUUAUUUCUUAAAUAUUGUUUUUAAUCGAAAACAAUCAGGAUCUUUUCUAGGGACUAGCAGUGUGUCUAAAAGUAGGGUUUUUGCAAUUGUGGUAGCGUGAUAGCUCACUAUACGGCGUAGAAAGGCAUCUCUUUCACAAUUACAAUAAUUUUAUAUUUUAACGAGGCGCUGGUGGCCCUUUUUGAUCACUGAUCAGUUGUAAUAUUUGUUGAUCAGAGUUCUCAAGAAAAAUGACAAGUGAUCAAUAUUAACCUGAUCAUUGUACAAAUUAAUUGUAAAAAACACAUCGUUCGUCCAAUCACCAUCUAUGUCAAUUGUUAAUAGUUGAUUUCUAUAAAUUGUGAGUUAAAAUAUUGUUUAUGAUAUAACUUCGCUGUGUGCUUGCUAACUGCAACACCACCUUAAAAUAUUCAAAUAUGACACAGUUUUGAAUAAAACAAGUAAACAGCUUCGUGAACUUAUAAUACAAGUUAAAAUAUGACAAAACGAAAAAAAUAUGACACGUGAUCAAAAGUUUACACGCGGUCAGUAAAGUUUACUCACGAUCAGUAUAAUUUACACGCGAUUAUUAAAGUUUACAUGCGAUCAGUAAAUGUUUACAAUUAGUCACUUAUUAUUAAGUAUGUCAUACAGACAGUGUGUGAUUUUUGUUAAUGUCUACCGGAUGUGUAAGUCAUUUUUUUUACUUUUCUCGUUCGUUACUUUCUAGGUUAUUUAAGAUACUAUGUAAGUUCCUUAUAAGAGUUAAAUAACUAUUUGGCAAUAACAA